UUUUCUCCAAGCAAGCACCACUAGAACAGGAGUGGCAUUGAACGCGUGCGUAGUCUGUUGGGUUUUGCCAUAUUAGCAAUCUGUUCUUCUCCUAUAGAAAUUAAGUACUCUCUCUUAGCUUUUAGCUACUGUUCUGGGAUAUAGAAAAAUACUUUUUUGUCAAUUUAAGCAAGCAAAAAACGUCCUUCCAUAAUAUUACGAGUGACGUCAUCUGGGCGUCAAAUUCCGAACAGCUAGCUUCACAGUUCUAAUAUUUUGACGGAAGAAUUAUCUUAUUUCAUUAUAAAACUUAAUCCUACGGCGCACAGUAGAUUUGGGGUGAAAAAACAUACAAACAAACACAAUUUCAUCUUUCGAUCGGCACUUCAAGGUUUCGAAAGUUGUUUCUUCACCGGUUUAGUACUGGAACUGGAAUUUUACAUUGGUAAAAGCGCGGGAAAAAGUGCACCCAACUUCUAAGUCAUUUCAUCCAGUGUCUCUGAUACCUGAGCAAGCACGUGAAUAUUUGACGUCAUGUCGAAGACUGUUACGCCAGUUAAAAAAGUGCCAAUCCAUUUACAGAGUUCCCAAACCCGGCUACUUAUCAAAGGAGGGAAGAUUGUCAAUGAUGAUUUAAUGUUUGAUGGUGAUGUCUAUCUAGAGGAUGGAAUUAUUAAGCAAAUUGGUAAAGAUCUCAUCAUUCCUGGAGGCACUAGAACAAUUGAUGCCAAAGGGAAGCUGGUAAUUCCAGGUGGCAUCGACACCAACACCCAUUUCCAACUCCCCACUAUGGGCACCAGAGCUGUUGAUGAUUUCUACCAUGGAACCAAGGCAGCUUUAGCUGGUGGAACCACCAUGAUCAUGGACUUUGUGGUGGAAACUACCUCAUCUUUGCUGGAAUCUUAUGAAAAAUGGAGAGGUUGGGCUGAUGAGAAAGUUUGCUGUGAUUAUGCCCUUCAUGUUGCUGUGACCUCAUGGAGUGACACUAUUAAACAGGACAUGGAAAUACUCACUAAAGAACAUGGUAUAAAUUCCUUUAAAAUGUACAUGGCAUAUAAAGGUACUCUUAUGCUACGAGAUGAAGAACUGAUUGAAGUGUUCAAGGCAUGCAAAGCUUUAGGGGCUGUAGCACAAGUUCACGCAGAAAAUGGUGAUAUAAUACAUGAAAACCAAAAAAAACUUUUGGAAAUGGGUAUCACUGGUCCAGAAGGACAUUUAUACAGUAGAACCGAGGAGGUUGAGGCUGAGGCAACCAAUAGAGCUAUUGUCCUUGCAAAUCAACUCAAUUGUCCACUGUAUGUUGUGAAGGUGAUGAGCAAGAGUGCAGCAAAGGUUAUUGCCAGAAAGAGGGAGGAAGGAUGUGUGGUGUUUGGGGAACCAAUUGCUGCUGGACUGGGAACUGAUGGAACUCACUACUUCAACAAGUGUUGGCGUCAUGCCGCAGGGCACGUUCUCUCCCCACCACUACGACCCGACCCAUCAACCCCUGGCUACUUGAUGGAUAUGUUAGCUAGAUGAGUAUCUUUAUUAAACUGAGA